GCGGACGGGCGGCGGCGGCCGCGGGAGCAGCGCUCGCUGCGGCUCAGCAUCAACGCGCGCGAACGGCGCCGCAUGCACGACCUGAACGACGCGCUGGACGGGCUGCGCGCGGUCAUCCCUUACGCGCACAGCCCGUCGGUGCGCAAGCUUUCUAAGAUCGCCACGCUGCUGCUGGCCAAGAACUACAUUCUCAUGCAGGCGCAGGCCCUGGACGAGAUGCGGCGCCUGGUGGCCUACCUCAACCAGGGCCAGGGCCUGGCCGCGCCCGUCGCCCCGGCGCCCCUGACACCCUUCGGCCAGGCCGCGGUGUACCCCUUCUCGGCGGGGGCCGCUCUGGGGCCCUGCCCCGACAAGUGCGCCACCUUCUCCGGCUCGCCCUCAGCGCUCUGCAAACACUGCAGCGAGAAGCCGUGACCGCGGACGUGGCCGCGCGCUCUCCCGCUCGUCUUUCCCCGAGGACCGGUCAUCCCACCUGCCCCGGAGAGGCGGACAGACCGCCGCUGACAGCCUCUGCGCGGGACAGUUGGGUCCGCGGGAGCGAAGCCUGCGCAGGCGGGGCAUCGAGCCCGGGACCUGGCGCUGGAGAGUCCCCUGUCCUGGAGUCCGGGAAAGGGGUGGAGGGUGACCACCGUUCUCCCUUUGGGCCUCGCCAAUCACUUCCGAAAGCAGCCUGCAGCGGGGUCCCAGGGGCGCAGGCAAGGUCCGGAGCCCAUCCGAACCAGACGCCCGCCUAGCUGAGCUUGCGGAGCACC